AUGGGCCCCCCGCGCCCGCCGCCGCUUCUCCCGCGGAACCUUCCGGGCCGGCGGCGGGCGCGGGGGGCCCGGUGGGGCUGCUGGCGCUGCCGCCGGAGCUGCUGCUGCGGAUCUGCGGUUUCCUGCGGGCCCGGGACGUGCGGCGUGUGCUGCCCCGCGUCUGCCGCGCCCUGCGGGACCUCGCCCGCGACGCCGUGGCCUGGCGGCUCCGGCUGCAGCGCCGCGCCCGCCGGCCCCUCCCCGUGCUGCCAGGGUUGGGGACCCCCUCCGUGAUUGUGGGCCCCCCACCCAGAGGAUGGGUUCGACUGGGCGGCCGCCUGUGAGGACCUGGAGGAACACCUGGAGCGCUGGGGGGCCGGGGGGGCCCCCAUGGAGCACUUCUCCCUGGACGAGGGGCACUUCGCCUCCGUCGACUCCGUCCUCCUGCUGCAGGGGGGGUCCUUGUGCGUCUCGGGGGGCCGCGACCGCAACGUGAACCUGUGGGACCUGCGGGAGCUGGGCCGGGGCCCCCCUGGGAAGGUUCUGGUGAAGACGCUGGGCUCGGGGCGCAGCGGGACUCACAAGGGCUGGGUCUGGUGCUUGGCCGCCCGAGACACCCGGGUGUGCUCCGGCUCCUGGGACAGCACCGUGAAGCUCUGGGACCUGGCGGCCGAGGGGCAGCAGUUCGGGGAGAUCAGGGAGAAGGCGGCCGUGCUGUGCCUCUCGUACCGCCCCGACGUCCUCGUCACUGGCACCUACGACAAGACGGUGACCGUGUACGACCCACGAGCCGGGCAAGCCCAGGUGAGCAGCUACAAGCCCCACGCCAGCGCGGUGCUGUCACUGGCAGCCGACGAGCGGCUGAUCGUGUCCGGCAGCGAGGACCGGACCCUCGUGGUGUUCGACCGCCGCGCCGGCGCCGUCCUGCAGCGGCUGCAGCUGGACAAUUACCUGCUGUCCAUGUCCUACCGGGGCUCGCAGCUCUGGGCUGGGGACAACCAGGGCCGUGUGUAUCUGUUCGGCAGCAGCGGCAGCAGCUUCCAGCCCGCCCGGUACUUCGACGUGGGGCACCGGCUGCAGAUCACGGGGCUCUGGCACUCGGUGGGCUCCCUCUACACCACGUCCACGGACAGGACGCUGCGGAUCCACGUCCCCACAGAUCCUCCCCGCACCAUCUGCUCCUGGACACACGACGACGUCCUCAACGGGAUCAGCGUGGAUGGGGACGUGGUGGCCGCAGCCUCGGGGGGACUCUCGGUCGAGGUGUGGAGGCUCCGGACCUGACGCCGCUGGGGGGGCUCCGACCGCACCCCGCGGGGUCUCCCCUGCGCCCCCCACUUCGGGGGAGCCGGGUCCGCAUCCGGGACGUGGGUGGGGCUGGAAGGUGUCGCCUGUUCAUGGGUAUUAAAGGAUUUUACUGGAGCA